AUGUUUGUUAAAGCCACAGGUGAUGUCUAUCGUCCUAGUCGAAAUGGAACAUAUAUUCAAAUUUUCAACAAAGCAAAUCCAUCAACUCCUGAAUGGCAAGCAGAUUGUGGAUAUUCAUCAGAUUGUACUUAUACUGGGCAAACUGUUCUUUUCUAUGUCCGAAAUGCUAAUUGGGUUUAUGGUGCGACUUACUGUAUUUUAUUUUCAAGUGGAGCUGCAUCGGGUAAUAUAUUUUGUAAUCCUGAAUCAGAUCCUAUUACAGAUACAAACUAUUGGAAUUUCAACAUUUGGGAUCCAGCUGUUUCAAGUACGACGACAACGACAACAACUCCACCAACAACUGGUACUGUCACAACACGUCCUAUAGGGACUACUACUCCUGAUGCUAGUUUGACUACGACUGGUAUUAUAGCGACAAGUGCUUCGACUGUACAGACAACGACAGUAACAACAAGUACAACGACGGCGACAUCGACGACAACUAGCGCGACAACAACAACAUCAACAACAACAGAAACUGAAAUGAAUAUCUUAUCAGCAAAAGAGUUCGAAGAAUAUUGUAAACAACCAGUUGCAAUAGGAAACGCUGUAUCAAUGAUCGUGAUGGUUCCAGUAAACAUCAUAGGGAUGUUUGCUUUUUUUACUAAACUUGAGAAAAUGUUUAAUCCAAAUCGUUUAGCAGUAAAAGCUCGACAUGAAAUGCUUGUGAGUCGAGUGUGUUAG